AUGAUUUCGCGUAUACCAUGUGAAAAGUGUGGGAAGGCCUACUUUCGUACCAAAUACGUUAUUGUGCUGGAUGAAGAAAAUGCUAGCUCAUUGAAGGUAGGACGAUUGAAUUUAGUGGAUCUGGCUGGUAGCGAGCGUCAGUCAAAAACAGGAUCGAUUGGAGAUCGCUUCAAAGAAGCAACCAAGAUAAAUUUAUCGCUUUCCGCUUUGGGCAAUGUGAUAUCAGCACUUGUCGGUGGCAAAAGCACUCAUGUGCCAUACAGGGACUCGAAGUUGACACGCUUGCUGCAAGAUGUUCCAGACGAGGAUUACCUCAGUGAGCAACAGAGACGCUUAGAGGAUGAAAAGCAAGCGGUUAUUGCCAGUUCGAGCAUUAUUGAUGAGGUAACAAAGGACCGUUUUAUCGAAAUCUUUUAA